AUGAUGUUCGGUGUACAAGAAGACAAUGUCGGAUUGAUGAAGUUCGUUGUGAAAGGAAUUGUGCAGUUUAUCAAAUCGAUUGUGAUUGAGGAGAAACGAAUGUGGGAGAAACGGGACGUCCACUUGCAGAGAUGUACAAUGAGCAUUCCAGAGUUGCAGCUACCACCUGAACUAAACUUCCCAGGGAAAAGCAUGGGAGAAAUCGUCGAUUCGUUGCGUUCAACUUUUGACGAAGUUACGAUUUUACGAAUUUUUGGAGAAGAUCAACGACAAGAUGAAAUUCAGUAUAUAUUGGAUAAUAUGAAACACACGAACCAAUUGGAAUACUUGGAAAUGAAUCUCAGGAAUCUAGAAGAUUGCGUUGAAGUUGCUAUGAAAGAUAUUCCAUACGAAAUAAGACACUCAAUACCUACACCGUGA